UUUGCAAGAAUCAUUGGAGUAAAUUAUAAGCAGAUUGGUGUUCAAGUAUUCCUUCCUUCUCUCCAAGGCCAAACAGCCAUUUUUGGGGUUUUCAAGGUCUAGGCGACGAUUUGAAUCAUGUUUUUUAGUUUCACACCUGUUAGAGGCAUGAAAUCAAAGAUUGUUCCUUACUAUAUGAAUGGAAAUCCUUCCAGCCUUUUUUGCAUUCUGCCAAGAGACGAUUCUUCGCGCUUUUACCCUCCUGGCAGCUACCCUGUUUACCUUAAUGUGUAUGAUAUCUCUACUAUCAACAGUUGUAUAUCCUGGACCGGCCUCGGUGCCUUUCACACGGGUUUAGAAGUUCAUGGUGUGGAAUAUGGUUUUGGAUGUCACCAAGAAUCAGAAAGUGGUGUCUUUGAGAUUGAGCCUCGGAAAUGCCCUGGCUUCAAGUUCAGGGAGACGAUUUUAAUGGGUACCACGAGCUUGAGCCCGAGUCAAGUCCAGAGAUUCAUGGAGCUGCAAUCUAGCAACUACUAUGGUGACACAUACCACUUAUUUGGGAAGAACUGCAAUCAUUUUUGUGAAGAUAUGUGUUACAAGUUAACAGGAAACAAAAUCCCCAAAUGGGUCAAUCGGCUAGCCAGAAUAGGUUCAUGUUGUCGUUGCAUACUUCCUGAAUCCAUCAAGGGUUCCGAUGUUAAAAGAGAGUCAAACGGUCAAGACUAUGAAAAGAAGAGUUUGGGAAAUCCGUUUAGUUGUUUCUCAUCGCUUUCAACACAUAAUAAGCUGAGGAAAGUAUCAAUAUCGUCGUUGUAUAAGCAUUCGCUCUAUAAAGGAUGCCUUCCUCCAUGGGAGUUGGAAGGAGACUCGCAAAGGCUUUGUGACGACCAUGAUGAGUAACUGCUGUUCUCUUGUGCCGUAAACUAGACCAGAGUCAUUCUCAACGUGUCCAUAAGAAGUCGUUUCCAUUUUUUUUUAAUGAAUUCUGGUUCGAGACCGAAGAUUUUGAAGAACCGAUUUGCUCGAAAGAUGUAUUCUAUAGUUUUCCCAAGCUUAGUUUAUGUUUGGGAAUGAAUGUAAAAACAUAUUCUUUGUCCUUUUGGCAUCUUCAACAGUAGAAAAUGUACACAUAGAAUCCACACUCUUGUUAAGCUGUUCAACAUUCUUUUUGUCUA